GCCGCCUUCUAUAACAACCUGUAAUCCGCAGCCAAACCGCCAGUUGCUACGUGGAUACGGUAAACGUAGGACGCAAGUACGACGCUGCUCGAUAGCGCGCGCCCGAUCGAUCUUUUGACGUACGUAGUAAAUUUUUGGUCCUUCGAGCCAUUCUCGUCCCGUCGUCCUUUCUGAAGUUUUCCGGGGAUUCAGCGACAACAAAUGCCUUCGACGGUUGAUUCUGUUGCUGGAUUCAGCUCUAUCGGAUUCGGAUAAAAUUAUUUUUCAUAUAGAUGAAGAAAAAGAGAAUGAAAAGUUUCAAGUUUUCGUCGUUAUUGUUAUUUGCCAAUCAGUUUAAUUUCUAUCGAUAUCUGUGAUCUUAGUGAUAUAAGUAUUAUUAAUAAAAUAAGGGCCCGUACAAGUACAACAAGCAAAGUGCAACUCCGAUAUUGUGAUACCAGUAUUUCUUCUAUUCGAUUGUUGGAUAUUUAUUUUAAAGAUAGUCUACGCAAUGGCCAGAGGACGAAAGACUAGACGAAAUAAAGUGCGAAAGUGCUAUUGCGAAGGCCACUGUGCAAACAAUGUUGCCAAUGGAACCUGCGAAAUCAAAGGGGGUGGCAUGUGCUUCACCGAUGUCGAAGCGGUGAUCAAUGAAGAUGGGGAGGAAUUUCCCCUCAGACGGUAUGGAUGUCUUCCAGGGGAUGAAGGAACCCUUAUGCAGUGCAAAGGAGAUUUGGUUCCCCACAGCCAAAGCAAAUCCAUCCAGUGCUGCGACGACUCGGACUUCUGCAAUAGGAACCUGACGCCCAUGUACACCCCCCGUCCCACACCCGACAUACCCAGUUUCGGACCACAAGACAGCUUGCCAUUCAUAGUUCUCCUCACCUCAGUCACUUUCUGUCUAACCAUAUUUCUACUUUGUAUAGCCUUCGUUUACAUGAAGUACCGAAAGAAGGAAGCGCAGAGCAAGUAUAACGCUUAUUCGAAAAACUACCAUUCAGAGAAGUACCCCAACAUGGAGGUCCACGGACCUUUGGCCAGUUUAAUCGAGCAAUCCAGUGGUUCCGGUUCCGGUUUGCCCAUAUUAGUACAAAGAACCAUCUCGAAACAGAUCCAGAUGGUGGAUUCCGUGGGCAAGGGACGGUAUGGUGAAGUAUGGUUAGGAAGGUGGCGAGGUGAGAAUGUAGCUGUCAAAGUGUUUUUCACCACCGAAGAACAGAGCUGGUUCAGAGAGACGGAGAUAUAUCAGACUGUACUGAUGCGUCACGAAAAUAUUCUCGGAUUUAUAGCGGCGGAUAUCAAGGGAACGGGAAGUUGGACCCAGAUGCUGCUUAUAACGGACUAUCACGAGAACGGUUCCCUGUUCGACUUCCUCCAGAAUCACUGCCUGGACCCCAGUUCCCUCUUGGUCAUGGCUAAGAGCAUAUCCAGCGGACUGUGCCAUCUUCACACCGAAAUCUUCAGCACCCGAGGCAAACCCGCCAUAGCCCACCGUGACAUCAAGAGCAAAAACAUCCUCGUCAAACGCAACGGUGAGUGCUGCAUAGCCGACUUCGGUCUUGCCGUCAAGUACCUCAGCGACACGAAAGAAAUCGACGUACCUCCGAACGUUCGUAGCGGUACCCGUCGGUAUAUGGCGCCUGAACUCCUUGAUAAGUCCAUCAACGUGCACGACUUCGAAGCCCACAAGAAGGCGGACAUGUACGCUUUUAGUCUGGUGUUGUGGGAGAUGUCCAGGAGGUGUGCCACGGGGGAUAAGUUGAAGUGUAUCGACGACUACGCUGUGCCGUACUACGACUGCGUGCCCAGCGACCCCAGCUUCGAGGACAUGAUGCAAGUGGUGUGCGUGAAAAAGAUGCGGCCGCAGCUUCCGCAGCGCUGGGAGACGGAGGAUGUGCUCCUGGCCGUGUCGAAAAUAAUGCAGGAGUGUUGGCAUGCCAACCCCGACGUUCGGUUAACCUCGUUGCGAGUGAAAAAGACGCUUUCGAAGUUCGACCCGGACCUUAGUAUAAAGAUUGUGUAGUGUCUUGCGUAGGUUUUAGUCUAGAUUAGUGUAUAAAGUAACAAUUUUUCUUGUAAUAUUGCUCAUUAUUUUCUUGGAAUCAAACUUGCUUCCCAAAUAGCACUUAAUAUUUAUUUGACCUGAGUACCUGUUUUACUUAGAUCGUCUGGAUAUCUAACUAUCCGGUAUCCCCCUAUAUCCAAGAUAUAGAAUAUACCAUUUGAACAAUAUGUUUAGAAAUUUAUGCAUGUAGUGUAAAACUCAAGUAAAGAUAUCAACAUUAAAGAACUUCUAAUAUACAGUGUGGUCCGAACUGUAUUCCGGAAACUUUGGCAGCAUAUUCUGCAGAAAAAAAUAAGUAAAAAAGUUCCUAGUAUAAAUGUAUGUCCUAAAAUGAUUAGUUUCAGAGAUGGUG